AUGGCGUUUACGUCAGCAUCUUCGGUGUUUGUUUUGACGGCCAACGUGCCGGCGACCGGCGGCACUUCGUCGUCUAGGAACUCCGUGUCUUUCUUGCCGAUGAGAAGCGCCGGUUCUAGGCUCGUAGUCAGGGCAGCGGAAGAGCCAGCUCCCGCGACAUCUUCAUCGGAAGCUCCUCCAGCAACCGCCGCUGCUCCGGUCGCAGCUACUGCUACCAAACCCAAGCCGCCUCCGAUUGGCCCCAAGAGAGGGUCCAAGGUCAAGAUUCUAAGGAGAGAAUCCUACUGGUUCAAGAACGUUGGAUCAGUUGUGGCCGUUGAUCAGGACCCAAAGACCCGGUAUCCAGUUGUUGUCCGGUUCGCUAAAGUGAAUUACGCCAACAUAUCCACCAACAACUAUGCAUUGGACGAAGUCGAAGAAGUUGCAUCUUAA